CACACUUUCACACUCUUUCCGGCAGUUUUAUUUCCUUCCCCGUCCUUUCCAGUCUCACCAUGGGUUCCUCUCCGCCAAAAUACACAGUCCUCCACGUCGGUGACAACAUAAAAUACAACCCCGACGUCUACGCAUCCUUUUCUUCAAAAUUCACCAUCAUCCAACCCACUCUCGAAGAACGACAAAGAGAAACCUUCAUCCAGAACCUGAAAGCCCGCAAAUGGGGCGACUUCCACGCCGUCUUCCGCCCCUUCUGGAACUCCGGCGGCGAAAUGGGCCGCUGGGACCAAGACCUGGUUCCGCAUCUCCCCUCCACCUGUAAAAUCUUCGCCAGUGCAGGCGCGGGGUAUGAUUGGGCUGACAUACCUACACUGUCGAAACACGGAAUUAUCUACUGCAACGGCGCCCGCGCAUCGAGCGAGGCCGUCGCGGAUAUGGCUGUCUGGCACAUCCUCUCCGUCUUCCGGAACCUAAUCUGGAGCGCCGAAGCCGCCAAAUCUGGUUCCGCAGAGCGCUUCGCAGAAGCGCAUAAGCACACGCAAGACACGGCGUAUAACCCGCGGGGCCGCAGCCUCGGCAUCAUCGGCCUGGGAAAUAUCGGGUACACGAUUGCGCAAAAGGCUUUCGCCGCGUUUGGAAUGAAGAUCCUGUACCACGACGUCGUGCGGAAGGGGAAGCAGCAGGAGGAGGCGGUACAGGCGGAGUUCUUUGCGGAGCUGGAUGAAAUGCUAGGGGUGAGCGAUUGUGUGGUGUUGGCUACGCCGUUCUUUGGCGAGAAGCUGAUUACGCAGGAGAGAUUGGGGAAGUUCAAGAAGGGGAGUCGGUUUGUGAAUAUUGCGAGGGGGACGUUGGUAGACGAGGACGCGCUUGUGGAGGCAUUGCAGAGCGGGCAGCUUUUUGCGGCAGGACUGGAUGUCCAUGCGAAUGAGCCGCAUGUGCACCCAGGGCUUACAAAGAUGCGGAACGUAACGCUGACGUGCCAUACUGCGGGUGGGGCGUGGGAUACGGCGUCUGGGUUCGAGAGGCUGGCAAUGGAGAAUAUCGAAGCCUUUUUGUUAAAAGGUCAGGCUUUAACACCGGUGAAUGCACACCUGGUGGAGAGGGAUUAGUGUAACCAGGCUAUAGAAAGAAAUGCAUUCGUAUUGAACCUG